UGCUUCGUCUUUCGCGUUGUGCUAGCGUGUGCAGCGUAGUGCAGCUUCCAUAUGCACGACGGUUGCUCAUGGUCAUCGACGUUGGUAGUCGUGAUGGAGGAGACGUGCCACCAGGCGUCAGCGUGGGUGAAUCAACGCCUAAGGGCGCUUUAGCCACAAAACACCAAUAGACAUUAUAUAUCAAUGUGCAAUAAACAUUACACUACUUCUGUGAAGACACGUUUCACUUUCGUGUUCUAUACCGAUUCCUAUAUAAGAGGGAUCAACCACAUUUUUCAGUGAUCGUUUCAUCAUCUUCAUAUUGUUCUUCUCGCGUAUCGUCCGCAGAUAUCGUAUGAAACAUUUCCAAGAUGAACCUGCCUGUCGCCAUCUUGCUCGCUGCUUUGGUCGGCGUCGUCGUCUCCCAGGAUCCCGGCCCAGAAACGCGAGGCUACCCUGAUCAUCACCAUCGGCAUCACGGCUCUCCUCCCCAUCACCGGAAGGGUGAAUGGGGUCCGCCUUCUCACUACCCAUACCAGGAUCGUCCUCACUAUGGGUCGAGCGGGGAACAGGGGUCAUCAUUCCAACACCGCUUUCGCUAUGGCGGCCAUAAUUCCGGCUGGACAAACGAACAUGGGAAGCAAAACCGUCACGGAAAGUAGAAGUGAAGGAAAUACGCCAAUGUCGACUGUGGUUAGAGGGAACAGAAAUUGGCCGCAGACGCUCUGCCAUGUCGACGAUCAUCACGCGAGAUUUGUUGGCUCGUACAAAUGAAAUAAAUGGGCAACGGCGUGC